ACGUCGGUCCCUCGUCCACCUCUGCCCUCCCUCCCAAAUCCCACUCAUCCUCCGUCUCCCUCGCGCGUCCUCGUCGACUUGACUCCUUCUCUCCAAGAACCAGACCAGAGAAACGGACGGGCCACCUGAUCGAUCAGGAGCGCGCGGCCGCAGCCAUGGAGCUGUCAUGGUGCCGGGGCCUUCGCCUCCUGCUCGUGGCGUCCCUGCUCGUCCUCUCCGCCGCAGCGCUGCCGCCCUCGCGACGCGUGGGGAACCAGCCUCCGGCCGAGCCGUUCGCCGCCGACGCGCUCUUCGGCCGCAUGUGCGACCCUCGCGGCGCGCACCCGGCGCCGCCCACCUGGUGCCACACAGUGCACCCCAGGCAACACGUUGGGGCCGCGGGGCACCGCCGCCACCACCGGCCCGUGCCGAUGCCGCCUCCGGGCCGCGACGGCGGCGGGGAGGAGGAGAUCGACGUGCGCUUCGGCGUCUCCAAGCGGCUCGUGCCGACGGGGCCGAACCCGCUGCACAACUGAGGCGCACGCGUGCCGCACGCCACGGCGCGGCGGCGGUCAGUUCACCGUUUCUUGGACGCCGAGGUCCUGAUGGGCCAGCGCAUGCAAGCACCGCUCCUCGGCCUCUCUUGUUCCUGCUUUCCGGCCGGGCACGCGCCACGGCGCCGGAAAGGACUUACAAUGGAGGACCGAUCGACGCCUGGGCGUGCAUGACAAUAACAGAGAUACUGGUAGAGAGUAGAUACGUGUGCCAUGUAUAGGCUCGUGCUUCGUCUUCGUUCCCGUUCCGGUCCAUAACUUGGCCUUGUCCCUUCGCUCUGUUUCUUGCUGGGGUCCUCCUGUAGGGUAGUUGUAGCCUUCUUGGCUUCCAUUGUUCACUAGAAACUGAAGGUUCUUUUUUUUUCUCUCUCGCGGUGACGUCCGCAGAAUUUGUCGUUUCGCCCGUGUCUUUCUCGGCUUCUCGCCCGGCCCCGGCCGCCGGCUCCGGCGGAAAACGGGAGCCCAGACGCGCCAUCUUUUCGGUUCCGUUUGGAUUCUUUUCAGAGUUCGGCGGCUGCAGAUGGCGUCAUGCGCGCGUUACUCUCCUCGCUGUGGUCGGCGUCGCGUCGGCGUUGUUGCGGAGCAGCAGCACCGCGCCGCAAGUAAAUGCGCUCUGCUUCCUCCUGUGAGAGGCUGUGACUGCAAAAGGAGGAUGCAGAAAUUAAUGGCGCGCUCCACGGCCUCGCCUGCCUUCCGCAUUGAUGCCAUGGCAAUUGGCAUCGACGACGCGCCUUCUUCGUCACAGCG